AUGGCGUGUUCUGAUGGCUGGUUAUGGAGAUUUCAAAAACGGUAUAAUAUUUCUUGUCAUGUUUUGAGCGGCGAGGCAAAUAAAGUUGCAGAUGAAGACGUAAAUAUAUGGCUUCAAGGGUUCGUAAAGGUGAGGCAAUCCUAUAGCGAAAAUGAUAUCUUCAAUAUUGAUGAGACCGGUGUUUUUUAUAAUUUAUUGCCCGACCGUUCAUUGGAUUUUAAAGGAGUGAAGUCGCAUGGGGGUGCAAAGAGUAAAGAGAGAUUGACUGUUGUGUUGUGCUGCAAAUCUACUGGCUCUGAAAAACUCAAGCUUUGGGUGAUAGGCAAAUAUCAAAACCCCAGAUGCUUUAAAAACGUAAAUAAGCUUAGUCUUCCAUUUGAAUACACUAAUCAAAAAAACGCGUGGGUCGAUUCAACAUCUUUUCGCCUAUGGUUACUUAAAUUUCAACGAAAAAUGGCACUUCAGAAUAGAAAUGUACUUUUGACUAUGGACAAUUGCAGUGCCCAUAAUAAUAUUGGAGACCUAGAAUUGCCAAAUGUAAAAAUAGUUUAUUUUCCUCCAAAUUGCACAUCCAGGUUACAACCUCUGGAUCAAGGAAUAAUUGCAGCUUUUAAACGAUAUUUCAAGACUAGACUUGUACGCCAUGCACUGUUAUGCCUUGAUUCCGAUCAACCAUGUGUAAAAUGGAAUAUUUUACAAGCGAUGAGGGCAAUGGCUGUAUCGUGGAAUGAUUUAACUGCAACAACGAUCAGUAAUUGUUUUAAGAAAGCCUGGAACAUUGAAAACGACACCAACUUAACCCCUGAAAUACACAUUGAGGAUGUGAUUGAGGACGAUUGGAAUAAAUUGUUAGCUGUAACUUCUAAUGAAAAUGCUCAAACUUUUUCAAGUUUUAUACAAAUGGAUAAUGAUCUCGAGAUCUGCGAUGAAAAUGCUGGAGAAGAUGAAAACCCCGAAAUCUCAGAUCAAGAAAUUGAAUCUACUGAACCUCCAGUGGAUAAACCCUCUCGGGCUGAUGUGUUGGCAGCCUUUGAUACCCUCGCAAAAUUUUCCCAAACCAGUGCAGAGUUAGAUUGCAAAUUUGAUGACCAGUUGAACAGCAUCAGAAAACAGUGCUUAGAAAACUAUGAAGUUACAUUCACCCAGAAACCUAUCACCGACUUUUUUAAACCGACGUGA